UAUAAAAGCAAAGAAUUCGUUGUCAUACUGCAUCAGUUUGAAAAGAAAACCGUAAAACAUGAAAUACAUGCUCUUGUUGCUAUCUAUAUUCAUCUGUGCACAUAUUAUGUGCGCAUAUGGAGAUACAGAAAAAAAAGACAGUGAACUAAACGACGAAGUGUCUUAUGAGAAAAACGAGUCAAAGAAUUUAAAAGAAGUUAAAGAAGAACAUGCUUCAAAAUCAAAAAGUGAACAUUUGAAGAUUCGUGAAGGAAAACACGAAGAGGCCUUAGAGGAAGAAAAAUCCAAGAGUCUAAAUCUGGUCGUGGUCAGGGAAAAGAUUACCAAACUUUCUUCAUGGCUCAAAGAAGAGAAAGAUAUCAGUCCUCUUUUGGAAGAAAAAAGUGGCAGAGGUCUAUUGGAUUUGGAAGAUGUCACAGAUAAAUUAAAUAUCGCUCUUAAAUCGUUGAAGGAGGGUAAAAAGUUUGAUACUUGGAAAUUCGAGAAAGGUAGCAAAGACAUUCAUUCUUUGGAAGAACUUGAUACAAGCGUCGUCGAACUUUUAAAAUUAAUAAAGGAAGGAAAAACUGAUCAUGGUGCUAUAGAUUUGGAGAAGAAUGGUAAAGUACUUGUAGAUUUGGAAAAAAUCUCAGAAAGCAUACUUGAAACUUGUGGAUCACGAAAGAAGACUGUGGAAGUUGUAGAUGAUAAAGAUGUAAAAUGGAAUAAAGGAUUAGAUUGGAAAAAAAAUCCAACUGGUCUAGAUUGGAAAAAAGAUUUAGAUAAAGAUAAAGUUGGUGGCUUAUUUGGCGGUUUAAGUGGCCUCUUAAAUAAUUUAAAAUCAGAAAACGGUCUUCUAGGUCUUUUGAAUAAGGAUCAAAUUGAGUCGUUAAUUCCUUUAAUCAGUGAGAUAAAAAAGAAGAAUAUAGAUUUUGAUCUCUUUGAUUCUGAUGAUUACAACGAAAAAAAUUUAGACUUGAAAUUUCUCACAAAUACUGUUUCAAAAGUUACUGAAUUAUUAAAAGGAGGAAUUGAUAUUCAAACAAUUUUGAACGCGAAAAAUGGAGAUGAAUUCGAUUUGAGCGGCAAAGAAUUGAAAAAUGUCAAAGGGAUAUUUGGUUUAAUUGGAGGUUUGAAACGCUCAUUAGGAUUAGAAAAUAUAUUGAAGUUAUCGUUUAAACAUGUACCUCUGCUUAAAUUAUAAGAUAAAAAUGGCAGAUUUAUUUGAUAUUUAAAGAUCUAUAAAGAUGUAUAAAAUGGCUAAAAAUGAUAAUAAAGUAAAAGUGUGGUUAAUAAAUAUAUGAAGUAAUAAUUUAUUAGAGAAUAAUAUAAUUAUAAUUUAUGUGGAAUGUAAAAAUUUUUUUUGUUAGAAAGAAAUGUUCAAUUAAAUUUAUGAAAAAUUAUAUCAUAUACUUGAGUAAAGAAAUAAAUUUUAUAUUUUUAAAGAAUAUUUUAAUAUAUAUUGCAAAGCAAUUAAA